UCCAGAGCCCACAUUUGGACCCAGCCCCGUCUAGGGCUGCAUCCCGGCCCCAUCCCCGGUCACGGAGUGACCCUUCCUCGUUCGGAUCAUCCCGCCCGGUCCACCUGCCAUGGGCUUCUUAGAGGAGGAGGGCAGCUGGAACCUGUCCUUCGCCGGCGCCGGCUACCUGGGUCUCUACCACGUGGGCGCCACCGAGUGCCUGCGCCAGCGCGCCCCGCGCCUCCUCCAGGGCGCCCGCCGCAUCUACGGUUCCUCGUCUGGGGCGCUCAACGCAGUCAGCCUCAUCUGCGGCAAGUCGGUCGACUUCUACUGCUCUCACCUCCUGGGCAUGGUUAAGCAGGUGGAGCGGCUGAGCCUAAGCAUCCUGCAUCCGGCCUACGCGCCCAUUGAGCACAUCAAGCGGCAGCUGCAGGACACUCUGCCCCCCGACGCCCACGUCCUGGCCUCCCAGCGUCUGGGCAUCUCGCUCACCCGCUGGCCCGACGGCCGCAACUUCCUGGCCACUGACUUUGCCACCCGCGAUGAGCUCAUCCAGGCCUUGGUCUGCACCUUAUACUUCCCUUUCUACUGCGGGCUGAUCCCCCCCGAGUUCAGAGGGGAGCGCUACAUCGAUGGGGCUCUGAGCAACAACUUGCCCUUUGCGGACUGCCCCUCCACCAUCACGGUGUCCCCCUUCCAUGGGACAGUGGACAUCUGCCCCCAGAGCACCUCCCCCAACCUGCAUGAGCUGAAUGCCUUCAACGCCAGCUUCCAAAUCUCCACCAAGAACUUCUUCCUGGGGUUCGUAAGCCUCAUACCCCCCAGCCUCGAGGUGGUGGCCGACAACUGCAGACAAGGCUACCUGGAUGCCCUGAGGUUCCUGGAGAGACGUGGACUCACCAAGGAGCCGGUGCUAUGGACACUGGUGUCUAAGGAACCCCCAGCCCCGGCUGAUGGAAACUGGGAUGCUGGCUGUGACCAAUGCCCGAAGAGCGGCCUGUCUCUCAACUGGCAAGUGCCCCACGUGCAAGUCAAGGACAUACCCAACUUUGAGCAGCUCUCGCCAGAGCUGGAGGCUGCACUGAAGAAAGCAUGUACGAGGGACCCCAGCCCAUGGGCCCGCUUCUGGCGCUCGGGGCCUGGACAGGUGCUGACGUACAUGUUGCUACCCUGCACGCUGCCCUUUGAGUACGUCUACUUCCGCAGCAGAAGGUUGGUGGCGUGGCUGCCCGAUGUGCCGGCGGACUUGUGGUGGAUGCAGGGCCUGCUGAGGAGCGUGGCCCUUGAGGUUUUCUCCAGGACCAAGGCCCAGCUCCUUGGGACCAUCAGCCCUCCGGACACUGGCGUCCUGGAAACAAGCCCCCUCCAACCCCAGAUAGCUCCUUAUAUGGAGGAGCUCAGGCCCACCCAUCAGGCCUGAGGGGGCUGAGCUGGACCAGCCCAGUGAUUGGUGUCCCUUGAUUCCUGCUCUGGCCUUUGUCCUGUGUGCCCACAUCUGCCCCAGCAGGAAGAGGCCCUGCCAAUCUCCAUGGAGACCCUGCAGCUUGGAGCCAGUUCCCUGGGGCACAGCCUGUCAGCAUGUCCCCGGUCACUGUGUACCCAGGUCACCUGCCCUACAGGAAGGAGAGAAAGGAGGAUAGCCACAGAGACAUGUCUUAUUUCCAGAAUUUCCAUGGGGGGCUAGGAGGACAGCAUUGCUGGGGAGACGGGCUCCUGUUCUGCCAUGGAGCUGCCCACGGAGGACCUCACAGAAGACGGGGAAAGUGCCUGAUGCCCACGUCAGAGACCAGAGGAGCCAAUCGAGAUGAUGGGGUGGGGGUGCUCCCCCUCAGACUCUUUCUCAGUCCUGUAGUGGCCCUUGGGGGUGACCCCCGGGAUCUACCCCACUGAGGAAACCUUGACUUCUGACUUCCUAUCAGGUCCAGAGGGUGGAAGGCCCUGGCAGGAAGUGGGAGGAAGAGGAGAGGGGGGUCCGGGUCUUUUCAGGAUCCCAGCUGUGUGUGCUUCUGUUGGGCCCAGUGGCCCUUGCUGCCCCUACAGCCUCAUUCCUGCAGGUUUGUGACGUAGCUGUGCCUCUACCUCAGGCAGAGAGGAUGCCAGGGACACCAGGCCUCUGGCCUCUCCACGAGUCACUGCUCUUCCCAUUGGCAGAGCGGGACCCAUGCUGUGCCCCUGGCCAGGCCCUAAGGAAAUGCUCAGUGUCAGUGGAGAUGGGGAGGUUGGUGACAUGGAGGCGUGAGUGAGAACAGGAGGCAAAGGAAUACACGUGGGAACUAAAGAGAAAAUGACCAGCCUGGGCAGCAUAGUGAGACCCCAUUUCUAAAAAAAAAUAAUACAAACUUAGCUGGGCAUGGUGGUGCAUGCCUGUAGUCCUGGCUACUUGAGAGGCUGAGGUUGGAGGAUCAUUUGAGCCCAGGAGGUCAAGGCUGCAGUGAACCAUGAUCACGCCACUGCACCCCAGCCCAGGAAACAAAGGGAGCCCCUGUCUCUAAAUAAAUAAAUAAAUAAAUAAAUAAAUAAAGAGACAAUGAACCACUCAUUCAUUCUUUCAUUCAUUUAUUCAGCUUAUGCUUAGUGAGCUAUAGGCCCUGGGGACACAGCCUUGAAGAAACCUUACAUUCUGGUGGGAGUGUGGGAGCAGAUGCUGAACAGCAAAUGGGAAAAUGUGAAUAUGAGAUUUUUCCAGGAGCAGUGGGGCCAUGAAGAAAACAAAAUUGGGUGAGAGUGGGGCAGGGUGGGGGUGAAAGCAACAUUGGCCCGGGUGGCCCAGGAAGGCCUUCCUGAGGAGGUGACAGCUGAGCUGAGACUGAGGAUGAGAUGCUGGGUUUUGCAGGUGGAGGCAAUGGCAGGUGCAAAGGCUCUGGGGUGAGACUGAAGGAGGGAAGGGCCCGCAGUGAGUGGGUGUUGAGGGAGUGGGGCAGGCAGGGGCUGGGUCAGGAGGGCACUGUCGGGGCGUGGCGAGGGGCAUGGAUUUGGGGAGCAAAUGUGAGAGAAGGGAGCGAGUGGAGGAAAGGAGGACCCAGGGCUGUGGUGGAAUUGGAAAAGAAGGAGGAAGGGGCAGACGGUGAGCAUGCAGGAGGCUAUCCCCUUCCCUCCAGGACCCCCUGGGUCUGAGCAGGACUCUGCCCCUCUGGUCGUCUCCUGGGUGGGGGCAGGCACGGACGCUGUCCCUGCCUCAGAAAAAGGCUGUCCCACUUGGAGCCAGGUGGUC